CCAAAAUCACUCAAGUCUUGUCGGCGGCAAACGUCCAACAUCAUGUCUGAGAGCUUGCGUUUCCUCGGGUCCCUGUCGGGCCACAAAGGAUGGGUUACCGCCAUCGCGACCUCUUCGGAGAACCCGGACAUGAUCUUGACGGCCUCUCGCGACAAGACCAUCAUCGUUUGGCAACUCACACGCGAUGAGGACUCCUACGGUUACCCGAAGCGCAUAUUGAAGGGCCACAACCACUUCGUUUCCGACGUCGUCAUUUCCUCCGAUGGCCAGUUCGCACUGUCCUCGUCAUGGGACCACACGCUUCGCCUGUGGGACCUCAACACCGGCGCUACCACCCGCCGAUUCGUCGGCCACACCUCCGAUGUACUUUCCGUUUCGUUCAGCGCGGACAACAGGCAAAUCGUCUCCGGCUCGCGCGACAAGACAAUCAAGCUCUGGAACACGCUCGGCGAGUGCAAGUACGACAUCAAGGAGGAUGGUCACACCGAGUGGGUGUCCUGCGUUCGCUUCAGUCCGAACGUAAUGAACCCCGUCAUUGUCUCUUGUGGCUGGGACAAGGUCGUCAAGGUUUGGGAACUGCAGAAGUUCAAGCUCAAAACCAACCACUACGGCCACACCGGAUAUAUCAACACGAUCUCCGUCUCCCCUGACGGCUCGCUGGCGGCGUCAGGAGGCAAGGACGGUAUCACCAUGCUCUGGGAUCUGAAUGAGGGCAAGCACUUGUACUCGCUCGAAGCUGGCGACGUCGUCAAUGCCCUUGUCUUCUCGCCUAACCGCUAUUGGCUCUGCGCGGCCACUGCGGCCUGCGUCAAGAUUUUCGACCUUGAGAGCAAGUCCAUUGUCGAUGAACUAACGCCCGAGAUCGACACCUCGAGCAAAAACGUUCGCAAGCCUGAAUGCGUCUCGAUCGCCUGGUCCGCGGACGGCCAGACUCUCUUCGGUGGCUUCACCGACGACCAGGUCCGCGUGUGGACCGUAUCAGCAUGAGAAGUUCAGACUUGUCGUAGAAUGGGAGGGGGGGGGGGGGGCGUGCGGGAGUGCUCAUUGUAUGACUCAGGGGUUCUUAUGAUAUUGUGUCAUGCUGUAUCCAUGAAAAUUCUGCCAGUCCCCGCAUCAGAGGCGUCCACUCAUGGACUGAUUUGCCAAACAGAGGAAAGCUGGUUGUGCUUGUUCCGUCACAUGAUAUAGAUGAUGAGUUGUCAAUAUUUAUGGCUACUACUCCUUGAGCUUCUCGACGAGCUGGGGUACAACCUCGAAAAGGUCGGCAACGAGCCCGACGUCGGCCACCUGGAAUAUGGGAGCAUCCGGGUCCUUGUUCACCGCAACGAUCAUCUUGGAAUCCUUCAUGCCGGCGAGAUGUUGGAUUGCACCGGAUAUACCGAAGGCCAUGUACAGCUCCGGUGCGACGACUUUUCCGGUUUGUCCAACUUGAAGCGAGUUGUCCGCAUAACCCGCGUCAACAGCCGCACGCGAUGCGCCGACAGCAGCGCCCAAGAGAUCCGCAAGGGGGUACAGCGUCGACUCGAACGUCUCCGCGUUCUUGAGCGCACGUCCGCCGGAUACGACGCGGGACGCGGCACCCAGCUCUGGCCGGUCGGAUUUGGUGAGCGAGGUGCUGACGUGCUGGAUCGGAGGGUCGGAUACCUCGACGGCGUCGAGGGGCUUGACCUCCGCCUCCGAGCCGCCCUCCUUCGCGGCGGCGAAGGCGGUCGAGCGGACGGUGAAAAACUUGAUCGGGAUGGAGGACGGCGCCUUGACGGUCGCGACCGCGUUUCCUGCGUAGAUGGGCCGCGUAAAGGUCGUGCUAUUAGACGAGGCGUCGUGCUCGAGCGAGGUGAUGUCGGAGACGGCCGGGAUGUCGAGCUUGGCCGCUACGCGGGGGAGUAUCGAUUUCGCGGAAGACGAGUGGGCAGAUACUACAUGCGUGAAGGGGGAUGACGAUAGCAACUGUAGGAGGAGGGGAGUGACCACCUCCGGGAGAGGGGUCGAGUAUUGUGGGGAGCCCGCAUGCAGAAUGGAUGUGAUUCCGUCCAGUCUGCAUCUCUGGGAUCAGUUUCAGCGUAGAGGUGCCGGAUAGAUUAGCGCUCUCACUUCUUCGCCGAAUCUACAGCACCUUUGACGUCUUCCGGAGAUCCGACGAUGAGCCCGGUCACUUCUCCGCCAAGUUGCUUUGCGGCGGUGAGCGCAGACAGAGAACCCGAAUCAAGCGUGCCUGCCCGAUGUUCUAGGAAGACUAGCGCAUGAGGGGACGAUGCAGUAGCAUAACCCCGAGACACUCUUGUAUACAGAUUCCUGGGUGCCAGUCGUGCCCGGAACAUAGUUGCGAGGAGACGCCGAGAUAGGAUGCGUUGCAACGAGAACAGGCUCUGUGCUGAUACGAUGAUUCGGUACUCGGUACUCAGUGGUGG